GAACUACCUACCUGACUCUGUGACAACCAGGAUGGUCGUGACUCUCUCAGACUCGAGACACUUCGGCGCCACCGCUGGCGCCAUGCACAGUACUGCUGCUGGGCCUGUAUCGCACGCCUUCAGCCCAUACACCGACAAUGGCGGUUCUAUCAUGGCCGUGGCCGGCGCAGACUUUUGCGUAAUUGCAGGUGACACCCGUCAGUCCGAGGGCUACAACAUUCAGACCCGCUACAAGCCAAAGGUCUUCCGGCUGACCGACCGCGCAACGCUUGCUACGAAUGGCUUCGCGGCCGAUGCCGAAGCGCUCGUCAAUCGGAUCCAGCAGCGCCUCGAGUGGUAUCGGCAUGCCCACGGCGGCUCUAUGCCCCUGCACGCCAUUGCGCGAAUGAUCUCGACGAUUCUCUACUCGAAGCGCUUCUUCCCGUACUACGUCUACAACAUCCUCGGCGGCCUCGAUGAGCAGGGCAAGGGCGCAGUCUACAGCUUCGACCCGGUGGGCAGCUACGAGCGAGAAUUCUGCAGAGCGGCAGGAAGUGCACAGAGCCUGCUCCAGCCAUUCUUGGAUAGCCAGAUCAUGUUCAAGAACCAGAUUCCAACACCCGAGCGUCCGAUUCCAGAGCCGGGCACAAUGACGCUACCGGACGUUCUUCGCAUCGUCAUGGACAGCUUCACCUCGGCCACGGAGCGACACAUCGAGGUGGGAGACGGUCUGGAAAUGUUUGUCGUCCGUCUGCCGGGAUCAAAGACUGGAGCCGCUGCUGUCGACUUGGGAGCGCAUGGCGCAGUAGAGGCCCUUGGUGGAGAAGACCCGCAGAAGGACGACGCAUGUAUGGUCAUCCGAAGGGAGCUUAAGAAGGACUAAGCACCAUCAAUGAAAUCAUAAUCACGCCAGGACAAGACAAAGGCAGUUUUGUGGGUCAUUAAGAUUUCGUUACGGGGUCAUCAUCAGGAAGAGGUAUUUGGUACAGGAGCAGGCCGAAUUGAAGAGGGGUGCCUCACUUGGUCUCAGCAGCAACGGGAGCAACAGCGGCUGGGGCGGCGCUGCUUCCUCCGAAGAGACCGCCAAACCAGCCGUUGCUGGCGGGCGCGGCGGCAGGGGUAGCGGCCUCGCUCUCUUCGGAGAUCUUCUUCUCGUUCUCAAUGUCUGCUGCCGAUUCGACCGGCACAACGGGGCCCUUUGUCGCC